CCGUUCCGCUGCAGCAGCAGCAGCAGCAGCGGCCCAUGAUGCCCAUCCAUCAAUUAUGCAUGCUCGGUGCGCGCUAAUGGAUUGAGGCAUAUUAGCGCGCACGCCAACACCGCCAACUAAGAGCCCCACAACACACAUCUUGGCGCUGGGGAUGGCCGCUAUGCUGCUUCUGGGGAGAAGAAAGGCAAAGCGAUGUAAAAGAGGAUGAUGGGAAAGAUUGAACCACUUAAUGGCCGGUUUGAUUGGCCAAUUUCCAGUGCGGCGCGGCCGCCGUGCAGCGCUGUGUGCCAUGUGUGCUGUGUGGGCGUCAGCUAAACGGAGAUGUUGCGGCUGUUAAUCCGGCCACUGUGCUCGCCAUUGGCGUGUGACACUCACUCACACAGCGCUCGUACAACGAUUUAAAGCCGAUUCGUACAAGCGUGACACUUGCUCGUUCACUCACUCUCACAGCAGUCGUACAUCGAUUUAAAGCCGAUUCGUACGUGCACACUGCAGCAGUAUUAAACUACGCUGAACGAAUAAUAAACGCCGUGCGUCAUGUCACGCAUUAGUUGCCAUCGACGGCCAGCAAACCGGCUCGUUUGUAAACGGCCCACUCGUCCCGCUUCCCGUCUAAACCGUCCACUUGCACCGCACUCAGCCGGCGUAAUAUCUUCCCAAUGCAGGCAAAUGAUGGCCCCACACAAAGGCAUCACAACGACCGCCCUGAAGUAAAGAGCACUACGAUUGUAACGACUGCACGAUGUUUUUCAAGCCAAGUACUUACACUGUCAUGUCAAUAGCCAGCGCAGUAUGUGAUUAACCACGGAAGCCAUUUCUUAACAAAUCGCCGUCAUUUCCCGGCAUUCAGGCCGUACGUACAGUUGGGUAAUGAGCGCCGCUUUCCGCUGCAUAAACUGAAUCAACCGGGCACGACAUGGGCCGCUGCGUCGUGCAGUGCCGGCCCAUCAUCGGCGCAUUGUCGGCCAUGUUAUUCAUUUGGCUUUUUAUGGCCGUUCACGGCACGAUAGAACGAUAGAACGAUAGAGGGGCCAUUAUUUACUGGAGAAUCGGCUUUUGUCGGGGCGCGUUUUUAUCUCCGCUAGCCGCGACGCAUUACCGCGCUGAAUACACUCGACAGUCACUGAGUCGGCAUUCAGGCAGUGUUGCACGCUUAUUUGCCCAUUCUUCGCCGCAAACGCUCGCUUGCAUCAUGACCGACCGCGACGGCGCACCGGCAGCCAAUUCGUGUCCAGCGCCGCUUGCCUACCUGACUAAUUCGUCGGUGACCGAGAAAUUAGCGGAAUCACUGAAGAAGACGACAGCGCCCAGUCAAGUGAGCCCACCGCCCGUGGCGGCGAUGGCCAAGAAUUCCUUUCUCAUCAAGGACAUCCUCCGCAGCAAACCGCUGUCCGACGCCAAGCACCAGCGGCGUUUUGGCCCGCGGUGUGCAUUGGGAGCGCUGCCGGGUGAUGGCGGCGCCACCGUCACUGCCGACGCCAGUGACCUCGCCGCUAAGGAGGAACGGGCGGCCAGCGAGGCGUCCGGUCUCGACACCGGCGUCGCCGUCGACUCGGAGAUGGAUUUCGAUCAGGACAGGGCCAGCAGCGACAGCGACGCCCACAGCGAAAUCUCCGACGCAGGUGACAGUCCACAAGGUGAGCAGGAUGACAGCGCGUCCGGCGCGGCCAGUCAGGGCUGCAGUCCGAAAGGGAAGAAGUCGCGCAAAGCGCGCACAGCCUUCACGGACAACCAACUGCAGACGCUGGAGAAGCGCUUCGAACGGCAAAAGUAUCUCAGCGUGCAGGACCGCAUGGAGCUGGCCGCCAGCCUCAGCUUGUCCGAUGCCCAGGUCAAAUGCUGGUUCCAAAAUCGCAGGACAAAGUGGAAGCGCACCCAGUCGGUGCACUUCGAGCUGAUGGUGGAGGCGGCCGGCAGCUACUCGGCCAUGCAGCGCAUGCUGCAGUGGAACCUCGGCAACCUCUCCAACAUCCUCCCGGCGGCGGCGGCCGGCGGACUGCCGCUGCCCAUCGGCCUGUGCAACCCCGCCGCUCCGGGGACCGCCCACCCGGCGCAGGCGCAUAUGCAGGAGAUCUACUAUCGCACCCUCCUGCAGCAACAACAGCAGCAACUGGCCGCGGCGGCGGCGGCCCACCAGACACCCUCUUCCGGCAACGUCAACGCCGUCACCGUGUUCCCGGCGCAGCUGGCCAUGGCGCACAACCUGGCGGCGUUGGCGCGGCCCCUGCGUCUGGAAAAUCCCGGUGGCGGGCAUCCGGCCGGAGCCGGCAAACCGCUGCCGAUGGCGCCGGCCUUCUUCACCGCCACUAGUCUGGCCGCGGCGGCCAUGGACGCCCGGACCAACAGCCGGGCGGCGGCUGCGGCGUUGGAUGACAAGGAUUAAGCGGAAGUGUUGCGUCAAGAAGAUCGCUUGAUUUUCUCAUUCUGUUAUUAUCGUACAGUGGCUUUCGUAUAAUGUCGUCAAUGGUGAAUCGGUGAUUGUUACCGGUGCAAAUGUAUUAGUGUGUUCAACCGAAGCUGACAGAAAACCGGAUCGAAGACAUUCAGAAUAAUAAAAAAAAUCA